AUGUGUAACGGAUCUUCCACCCGAACAAGCCAAGGCGGCUCCAUCGCUGUUCUUCGCCCAACCAAAUCGGACAAUAACACAUCAGACGAAUGGCGCCUCCUCUUCUCCUACGCAAACACCGAAGGGCUAGACGUCGGAACACAAAUCGAGCUUAAAGGCAAUGACCUUGUAACAAGGAGGCACGAUGGAGGAUACUGGGUUGUGAUACAUCAUACUGGCGACAUGUCUCCGUCUCCUUCGCCGAUUGCGACGGGCGCAGUAUCGCCUCCACCGUUCUUAAUGUUUGAUCUAGAUGGGGAGACCGGGUCAGUCACUCGUCUCGCUCAGAAGCUAGAUCUAGGAGUGGGCGAGAAUGGUAUUGUUGGUCGGAAAGUGUCAGUUAUGACUAGCUCGCUUCGAGGACCGAGAGCUGUCGCGGAGGGUAUCAUUGGUUGGAACUGA